UGGGAAGCUGAUCUGUCGAUUUUCAGGCCACCGAAAAGGCUUCCAGUCCCGCCGAAUGAGUUGGUUGGGGGACUACCGGUCGAGGCUGGUGGACAUUCGGUAUUUGAACGACUUGACUCCUGGGAUGGAUCUUUCCGCGCAUCACCUCUUGUGUACGACCAUGAUUACGACGACCACGACGACUACGACUCUCCCAACGACACGCACGCCCCAGCACACGCUACACGACAUGUGCUACGACAACGGCUCACGCUACAUAGCAUCGACUCCAAUCAUCACCUGCAUCGCCUGAUGCCGCGGAUGCUCAGUCCGCCUGCUUCAGUGUCAGAGCGAGCUUUACGGUCACAGGCAUAUAGCGCAUCAUGCGGUCGGCGCAGUCUACCACGGGUUGACAGCAGGGAUACGCCAUCGAUGGAUAAUCUAUCAGACAACUUGCCUAGGACGUGCGAUGCCGAUCGAAAUUCACGGGAGCGGAAGAAGCUGUUCGAGCCUGAAUGUCUUUCGAAGACUGGUCUUGUGACUCUUGUCUCCGAAGUCAGGAGAAGAGCUCACGAGCAGAGUUGUUUGAUUGCGUAUUGGAGCCGGAUACACGACAUCAUUCCAGUGCUCCACAUGCCAAGUUUCCGAUUCCACCGCGCAUCACCUUUGCUCCGCGCUGCGAUAAUGGCACUAGGCGAGCAGGCCAUCGGAGCGAGUGGAAACAGGUCUAGGGCGGAUCGCCUGCAUGAGAGAUGCCUCAGAGUUCUUCACCAGCGCACGCCCCAGCGAUUACACACGUAUCGAUCGGACGACAUUCAAGCCAUGGUUCUGAUUGAGUUCUAUGCGAGACUCUUUUCCGGCUGACGGCAUCCAAGACUCGAACUAUUUCGAAGACGUCAAGCCAUCUUCCACGGCAGCAUGCUUCGACUUCAAACGUCAUGGUCUGACACGAUUCCUUCAACUUGCAAUCGAUUCAGAAGCGAGGAAUCAAGCUUCGUUGAGAGGUCGACAUUGCAGGAGCUGGGAGUGAAAUGGACAACACGUUCGAUGGAACGAUCGAAUGCUGGUGAACCCUUCGUGGAAAGGGGCUGCCGAUCGCAUGCUGUAUUCUGGUUUGCACGAGGCCCGCAGAACGGAACAUGAUGCCUGAGGAUGCCCUGCCUCGAUCUUCUUUCCACCAUUACGAGAAGGGGUUCGUGGGACAUCACAUGAAAGAGUUGUGGUGGCGAUGGUUGUCAUGUCCUGGUCAAUGGUUGUCUGUGGCUCCAUGUGGUAUUCUGAUGACUACGGGACCGUGGCAGCAGACAUCGCCAUCAACUCUGCAUUCGAUACACACGCAAUAGCUAUUUGCGAUUGGGUGCCUGCCGCGCGAGAGAUUGAUAAGAAGCAUAUUCAUGCUGUCCAUGCGAGGACCCCUCGCAGUGCCUGGCUGAGGUUCCGAGUCGAGACGAAGUUGGACGUCAAUUAUGCAACACAUGAGCCAGGAUCGGUGUUCGUUAUCAUGAGCAAGUCAGUUAUGCAGAACCAGCGAAUGCAGUAGUCACUCAAA